AAAUAUCAUGCGUGCGCUACAGACCGCUGGUUGUCUCAUCUCCAAAUGUGGACAUAUAGCUUGCGCUUUUCAGUCCGAAGUGAGGUCGUGUUAGGUAAGGUAGAAAAGUGCACACUGUGUGGAGUAAUUGGGCUCCUCAGAAAAUGAUGGAGAGACACCUGCUGAAAUUCAUUCAUGAAGCAAGUUCACGGACAGCUGCCGAAAGUCUUGCAGCAGAGUACAGCGCCGUGCGUCAACAGUCUAUAAAGGUGCAGCAGGAACUGCGCCUGACGACAGAGGCUGGACGCCUACAGGAGAAUACCAAGAAGAACCGCUACAAGGACAUAUUGCCCUAUGACCAAACCCGUGUCCCUCUUUCUCUGUGUACAACUGAGAAUGAAUCUGACUACAUCAAUGCCAGUUUUAUUGAGGGGGCUGUUCCAAGCAAGCGCUACAUUGCCACCCAGGGCCCUCUCGCCCACACCGUGGCAGACUUCUGGAGGAUGAUCUGGGAGUACAAUGUCAAGGUCAUAAUUAUGGCAUGUAAAGAAGUCGAGAUGGGCAAGAAAAAAUGUGAGAACUACUGGGCUUCAGCGUCUGCAACAGCGGUGUUCGGGAAUUUCACAGUUACCAAUUUGGAAGAAUCUGCACCAGAUAAGGAAGUUGUUAUAAGGACGUUACUGGUGAAAUAUAACCAAGAGACGCACACCAUCCAGCAUUUCCAGUACACCACGUGGCCGGAUCACGGCAUCCCUCACACGUCGGACGGCAUGCUGCACAUGCUGGGCCAGGCCAGGAGCGCGCAGGGGAGACACAGCAGCCCCAUGCUCGUCCACUGCAGUGCCGGCUGUGGAAGAACGGGGGUAUUGUGUGCCGUGGACUACGUUCAUGACCUUUAUCAAAGAAAGCUAAUCAAAGAAGAUUUUAGCCUGAUGAAAAUUGUUUUGGACAUUCGAUGCCAAAGGCCGUCAGCAGUACAGACAAAGGAGCAGUAUGAGUUCCUGUUUCGAGCUAUAGUGGAGAUGUUUGAGCGGGCCAUGCGGAGUGCCACGGCCAAUUAUGAGAACAUCAACGAGGCUAAUUUCUCCCUGUAUGACACUGUGAAGCCAGUGCUCAGAUCUUCAGUGUCCUGUGGCCACCACAGCAACAAGAGCCUGACGUCUAAACCUCGGCCACCCCAGCCUACGCCACGGAAGAUGAAUGACACCUACGCCGUUGUAAACAAGUCCAAGCAUCCUGCCGUCGGCCCCACAACACUACACCACUAUGACAACACUGAGCUGAAAGGAGGAGGAGGAGGAGGAGGCCACAAGGGCAGCAGGCCUGUCAGUCCCUCCCCAUCAUCCACGGCCACUACAGCCCCGCCCCCGACCCUGGCCCCCAGGUCACCUCAGCCCCCCUCCACCGCUGACCUCUACAGUACGGUGAAGCCUAAGGGUCGUUCGCUGCCUGCCCGCUCGGUGCCCAUCUAUGACAUGGCGGCCACAGGACAGCAACAGCAGCCGCGGGUAGAGGAGGAUGGGGCAGCCCUGGCCAAUGACCACGGGGGAUAUGAGCUACUGCCAGGAAACUGCGGCCCGCCCCCCAGGGACUCACAGAUGAUGUUGCCUGGCGCUCACAAAAAGUUGGAGAGUACCUCAUCUCAAGACGAUGAUUAUGAGUAUGUGUCAUGUCCCCUCAAAGAGGCCAACAGGAAGACAGACAGCUUCUGUACCCCUGGAAGCAUGGGCUUCAACUGCAGAAUUAAGAAGCCCAAAGGACCCAGAGACCCUCCGGCGGAAUGGAGUCGAGCAGAGCGAUGAUCCCGGGUGGCGAGGCAGCAGCAAAGCUCCUCUCUUCCUCUCCUCCUCUACUGACAUCACCAUCUGAGGUGUGCAGUGCUGGGCUGGGCUUUGCUAGGAAAACAGUAGUCAGUGCGUGCACCUUAUUGUUCUAGGUUUGUGAAGACAGACUGUGGCUCGAAAAAGGGUUUUUUGUUGUAAAUAUAACGUUUAUUUAAUGUAACUAAUGUACAAUAAACUGCGUGUGGUUUUUGGGAAAUCAAA